CCUUGCGCGGUGACGUCGGAGGCGGCCGGAAGCGUUUGGGAGGGGCCGGUGCGGGCACGGAGCCGGUGCCGGGGUGCAAUGGUGUGGGCGGGCAGCUUUAGCCCGCGGGUCUGCAGGCGCUGCUAGGCACGGAGGUUUGUUUUCUCAAAGGGAUCUGUCCUUUGGUGCUGUCCAGCCAGUCCGUCCUUUAAACACACUCCAGCAGUGGUCACAGAACUUAAACUGGAGGAGGGAAGAUGAUGGCCUUGAAUGGACAGGAGACGACAAUCAGUAACCCGAUCAUUCCGUAUGUUGGGACAAUAUUUGGUGGCCUUGCUCCUGGACAGCUGAUUAAGAUCCAUGGGACUGUUCCUGAUGAUGCAGACAGGUUCCAGGUGGAUUUACAGUGUGGCAGCAGCAUAACACCUAGAGCUGAUGUGGCAUUUCAUUUCAACCCCCGCUUCAAAAGGUCUGGCUGCAUUGUUUGCAACACGCUAGAGAGGGAAAGAUGGGGCUGGGAGGAGAUCACUUACGAGAUGCCCUUUCAGAAAGGGAAAUCAUUUGAGAUUAUCAUCAUGGUUUUAAAGAAUAAAUUCCAGGUGACUGUAAACAAGAAGCACUUGCUCCUCUAUAACCACAGAAUUAGCCUUGAAAGAAUUGAUACUCUUGGAAUAUAUGGCAAAGUGCAGAUCAAAACUAUAGAUUUUGUUCCUGAUGGGGAAAUGCCAGAUGGUUCACAAUUCACUGUUCCUUAUGUUAAGAAACUUGAUACAGGACUUCGUCCAGGAUGCACAAUUACCAUUAAAGGAGAAGUGAAUAAAAACCCAAAUAGCUUUACAAUAAAUCUGAAACCAAGUGACUCCAAGGACAUUGCAUUACAUCUGAAUCCCCGAGUGAAAAAUAAAGGUUUUAUAAGGAAUUCAUACCUUCAUGACAGCUGGGGAGAAGAAGAAAAGGAAAUUGGCAAUUUCCCUUUCAGUCCUGGGAUAUACUUUGAGCUGAUCAUUUUCUGUGAUGCUCACGAGUUCAAAGUUGCUGUCAAUGGUGUUCACACUCUGGAAUACAAGCAUCGUUUUAAACAACUUGAAAAGAUCAACACAGUAGAAAUCAUAGGAGAUAUUCAGUUGUUAGAUGUGAGGAGCUGGUAAUAUUUCUCAGUCAAUACUAAAAGAAUUAAACCUCUUUUAAUAACAGUGCCUCCUUGUCAAGUACAGACAGGUGCUGAUUCAUGCUGAGCCUGCCUUUAUCUGUCUAGGCUUCUGUGUCUGCCUCUCAUGAGGUGAGUACCAGAACUGCUAACUGCAAGAUUAAAUCCUCCUCUACUUUACAGUAUCCUGGCAAGCUAAGUGUUUGCUCAGAUAAAUCUCCUGUAUUACUGAACCUAAGAAUAUGAAAAUGCUGCAUCAUACUUCAUCUAACAAUUGCACUUGGUGUGUUCAAGUUAAACUACUACUCAGCAUUCCUUGAUAGCAUACAUUCAAUAUACUGAAGCAAAACUAUACUGAAGUAGGAUCUUAAGAUAUGGUUAUCCACACCACAAAUAAUUCAUUUAAAAUAGAAUUCUUAAAUAUACUACUUAUAUUAGCACUACUUUACUAGUUUAUAUUAGCAACUAUAACCUUUUGACUGAGGUGGAUUAAGGAAACAAUUGACCCAUCAGUUCUAGCAAAAGGCAAGGAAUUUUAUCUUCUGAGCCUGCUGUGCAGUAGGACAUUAUCUGACACCUUCUGCUUGUAAGUGUUUUAAAUCAAACAUAGAGCAGCAUUUCUAGAUUUUAGUUUCCCAAAGUGUUACAAAUGAAAAUUAUUUCACUGGUAGCAACUGUGUGAGCUUUUGAAAGCUUGUUUGAUCUGAAAUGGCUCUGAACUGAGUUGAGGUUGCUCAGGGACUGAAAUGGAUGUUUGCUGUUUUCACUUAGAAAAAAUAAAUGUGUGAACCCAACUACUCCAGGCAGGGUUUCAGCUGAGAUAUAAGACUCAGAUACUCAUCAGUGGAACAAAGAAUGAAUCCUUUUUCAGUCUUGUAUUAAAAUACUAUCUGAAACAAGCUGUUUCUGUUCAGUUUUCUGUACAAAUGUCAGUCUCAAUUUUUAUACUUUUAAAAUGUUCCUGGCUGUCAAUACAUGUAUGAAGGAUGUUCAUAUUUAUCUUAAAAAGAGUGAAGCAAUUUCAAGAAUAAGGUGUACCUUAAAAGACUGUUUAAAAUUAAUCACCAGAUUUAAUGCAUAAAAAGCAUAAAUAAAAACAUUUGUGAACUCUG